UGCUAAGAAUCGGCUAAGAAUCUGCUUAUCUGGGGUCGCAAACGCUUAUCCAUCCUUCCCACACAACUUAUGUGGUCAUUGGUCAUACAUCAUCAUCCUUCGCAGCAUGUAUAAUACUAUCACGAGGCUGUAGAACAGCCCGCUCCGUAGCCUCGGAAUCUGACAUUACCUCAUCAAUUGGCCGCGGACAUAGUUAGAGAUGUCUCAUCCUUCCGAUCCAGACUCGUCUACCACAACAGAGGUACCAAGGCGCGAACGAGAUGGACCUCAACCUGGGUUAACACGCGCCGCCACUUUACCUAUCGAGUUCCAUUCGCAACGGACUGAUCGCUCCCACCUAGCGCCCGAGGACGCUUUCAAUGCAGUACGACCCUCGCGACGACAAUCGGGCUUCGAGUCCAACGGUGUCGACGGUGUCGACGAGAGCCGCCCCGAGUCGCGGUCACGGAAGAUGAGUUCCAAGCUCGGGAGUAGGAGCAGAAGUAGGCGGCGGAGACGCACUUGGAAGAAAUUAUUAUGGGUCAAGCAGUCUUACCCAGAUAACUACACGGACCAGGCCACGUUCCUGGAAAACCUGCAGCGGAACCCACGUCUCCAGCCCUAUGAAUUCUGGCCCCUCGUCGCCGACUCAACCGUCAUCUUGCAGCAAGUAUGCUCCGUCAUCAUAUUCGUCGUCUGCUUCGUCGGGAUAUUUCAAGAGCGCGUGUCUCCUGUCGCCGUCGUAGGUUGGGGAAGUUUUGCGACAUUCGUAGGAUGGUUAUUAUGGGACUUCUGGGUAGGCCAGGAAGACGAGGACGAAGUACUGCAACGGCGCCGCAGCAAUCGCAGCCGCUCGAUACGGGAGCCUAGUAGGAGAGGUCGUUCCAUUGCCGCGGGGGGGAUUAGCCAGUCCGCCGCGAGCUCGGUGACGAAUUUAGCCGUCACAGAGCGAUACUCCCAAGGGAACCCAAUCGCUAUGCGGCCAUCUCAUUCUACUUCUGCCAUUUCCCUCCAGUCCAGCGUGUCGCAAGCAAGUAAUGUAGGCCGGAGAUCUUCCGAGUCUAUUGAUAUGCUAAGCUAUCGUCCCUCAUCUCCUCUUCGGAACGGGAGAGCAAAUCUUCGCCUCAGUACCGUUAAAUCCGCUAUUCUUAUUUACUUUACCCUUCUAGGUCUAUCGCCUAUUUUGAAGUCCCUUACUCGGUCUACGUCAUCUGACAGUAUCUGGGCCAUGUCUUUCUGGCUCUUGGCGAUCAACAUAUUCUUCUAUGAUUACUCGUCAGGCCCGGUGAAGUUCCCGGCUUCCCUAUCGACUAACGCAGCACUGAUGGCGUCUACGGUGCUAGCAUCUCGCCUACCUUCUACCGGGCAGGUUUUCAGCCUUACGUUGUUCAGUAUCGAGGUAUUUGGUUUGUUUCCCGUCUUUAGACGCUACGCCAGACAUCGGAGCUGGAAGUAUCACGUUACACUCUCCAUACUGCUUGUGAUUGGAGCGGGAGGUGGAGUCGGCCUAAUAGUAGGUGAAGAAAAGGAUGUCAUGUGGCCGUGGAGAAGUGGGCUCCUGGGUGUCGUGGUAGCAGCUAUCAUUGCUGUCGUUGCCAUGGGCGGGUGCAGUUGGUGGCUCAUUGGGCUUCAGAAGUAUAAAAAUGCGAUCAAUGGUCCUUGGGAUCAAGCAAGGCCGAUCAUUAUUAGUCGGCGGCUUUGGGAUGACGAAUAGGAUAAAAAUGAAUGAUUUUAUGAUUGAAUCACUAAACGCUCACUUUCGCAAGACUUUAAGCUACGUGAAUGUGUAAUAGGUAGACUAACAAGUAGGUAUUUUUACUACCGUUGAGUAUUUAAUUCACACAGCAAAAAGAUAUGCUUCUAAUUAGCUGACGGUAGGUAUAGUCUUCCCCUUUACAAGGUGUGGUUACUGUAUGGUUACUAUGUAUAAGUCUGAGCCUAUGGGCUAGGUAUCACGGCUCUGCC